AUGUCGUCACCGUUGGGACUAGGCCCCGAGGCGCCUGCUAUGCCUGAAGGACGCGCCGGAGACCGAAUGUAACUUGUUGAACGGCUCGGGCAGCUCUCUUCAACUCACUUAUUUACGUUUUUCACAAAUUCGCUCUCGUUCAUAGCUGCGGUCUUGAUGCGCCUUGGUUUUCUACCUCAUUCCUAGAUGGAAUCUGGGCCCGUGUUCCUCCGAAAGUAUAA